GCCUGCGUGCGUGCGCGUGCGUGCGUGCGCGUGCGUGCGCGGCGCCGCGGCGGGGGCGGGCGGGGGCGCGCGCGCGGCCUGGCCGGGACCCGGAUCGGCGGCGCGGCGGCAGCGGCAGCAGCAGCGAGCAGAGCCAGAGGAGCCGGAGAGGGGCCCGGGAUCCCCGGGGGCCCACGGCCGCCAUCACGGACUUCCUGUGGGACAAGCGCACCGGGCUGGCUGCGAGGACGAUGCCUCAUUCUAGAAGGUACCGCUCGUCGGAGCGCAGCAGCCGGGGCAGCUAUCAUGAGCGUUACAGAAGUCGCAAACACAAGAGACGGCGGACGCGGUCCCGAUCAAGCAGCAGUGAGCGUGAUCGUCGGCACCGUCGGGAAGACAGUUACCAUGUUCGGUCCAGGAGUUACGACGACCACUCGGCAGACAGGAGGGCCUAUGACCGGCGUUACUGUGAUAGCUACCGGCGGAAUGAUUACAGCCGUGAGCGAGGGGAAGCCUACUACGAUCCUGAGUAUCGUCAUUCUUACGAGUACCGACGCUCCCGGGACCGUGAGGGCAGCUACCGGAGCUGCAAAAGCAGCCGGCGUAAGCACAGGCGGAGACGGCGCCGCAGCCGGUCCUUUAGUCGCUCCUCAUCGCAGCGGAGUCGACAGAGCAGCAGAAGGGCCAAGAGUGUGGAGGACGACGACGAGGGGCAUCUGAUCUAUCGCGUCGGCGACUGGCUACAAGAAAGAUAUGAGAUUAUUAGCACCUUAGGGGAAGGCACGUUUGGCAGAGUGGUGCAGUGCAUAGAUCACCGGAGGGGUGGUGCACGUGUUGCCCUGAAAAUCAUUAAAAACGUGGAGAAGUACAAAGAGGCUGCCCGACUGGAAAUCAACGUGUUGGAGAAAAUCAAUGAGAAGGAUCCUGAGAACAAGAACCUUUGUGUCAGGAUGUUUGACUGGUUUGACUACCAUGGCCACAUGUGCAUCUCCUUUGAACUGCUGGGGCUUAGCACCUUUGAUUUCCUGAAGGACAACAACUAUCUGCCUUAUCCCAUCCACCAAGUACGGCACAUGGCCUACCAGGUGUGCCAGGCUGUGAAGUUUCUGCAUGACAAUAAACUCACUCACACUGACCUCAAACCUGAGAACAUCCUCUUUGUGAACUCAGACUACGAACUCACCUACAACCUGGAAAAGAAGCGAGAUGAGCGGAGUGUGAAGAGCACGGCUAUCAGAGUGGUGGACUUUGGCAGUGCCACAUUUGAUCAUGAGCAUCACAGCACGAUUGUCUCUACCAGGCAUUACCGGGCCCCAGAAGUCAUACUGGAGCUUGGCUGGAGCCAGCCCUGUGAUGUGUGGAGCAUUGGCUGCAUCAUCUUUGAGUAUUAUGUGGGUUUCACCCUGUUUCAGACGCAUGACAACCGGGAGCACUUGGCCAUGAUGGAGAGGAUCUUGGGGCCAAUUCCUUCUCGGAUGAUCCGGAAGACCAGGAAACAGAAAUAUUUCUACCAUGGCCGCCUGGAUUGGGAUGAGAACACCUCCGCUGGCCGCUAUGUCAGGGAAAACUGCAAGCCGCUACGGGACCCCGCCGUGGUGCAGCACCGGCCCGGCCCCGAGUACGCGACGCUGGACGUGUACAACCCCUUCGAGGGCACCGGGCCGCCCUCGCCGUACCAGCCGCCUCCGUCGUACCAGCCACCCCUGCCGGCAGCGGCCGCGCCGCCCCCGAAGAGGCCGAGCCCCCCCGAGCCCAAGAACUACGGCUCCUAUGGCACCCAGGCCUCGGCAGCGGCGGCCACAGCGGAGCUGCUGAAGCGGCAGGAAGAGCUGAACCGGAAGGCGGAGGAGCUUGACCGGCGGGAGCGGGAGCUGCAGAACGCCGCUCUCGGCAGCGCAGCCACGAGGCUCAACAACUGGCCCCCCUUGCCAUCCUUCUGCCCUGUGAAGCCUUGUUUCUACCAAGAUAUCCCUGUGGAGAUCCCUGCUGACUUCCAAAAGACAGUUUCUACCAUGUACUACCUCUGGAUGGCCAGCACCAUUGCUCUCUUCCUGAACUUCCUGGCCUCGCUGGCCUGGUUCUGUGUGGAGCCUUCGUCAGGUUCUGGAUUUGGCCUCUCCAUUCUCUGGGCUCUUCUCUACACGCCCUGCUCCUUUGUCUGCUGGUAUAGGCCAAUGUACAAAGCCUUCAGGAGCGACAGUUCGUUCAACUUCUUUGUCUUCUUCUUCGUCUUCUUUGCCCAGAACGUCGUGUAUGUUCUGGAGGCAAUUGGCAUACCAAACUGGGGAUUCAGUGGUUGGAUAUUGAGUCUGAUAGCGCUGAGGAAGAACCCGGCUGUGGCUGUGAUGAUGAUCCUGGUGUCCUUGUUCUUCACAGCAGUGGCUGUGCUGGGUAUCAUCAUGCUGAAAAAGAUUCACUCUCUGUACCGCCGGACGGGUGCCAGCUUCCAGAAAGCGCAGGAGGAGUUUGCUGCGGGCGUCUUCUCCAACCAGGCAGUGCGCACCGCAGCGGCCAACGCUGCAGCGGGUGCAGCCACCAACGCCUUCCGGGCGCCCUAGGGCAGGCCGAGCCCCUGGUUUCUCACUUGCACAUGGGCUAUUUUUAAAGAAGAGGAAAUCCAAGUUGCACUUUCAUUGGAUCCCCGUGUGUCUGCAUCAGCUGUUGGAGGCUGCCUCAUCCCAGCUUGAAAGUGCUGGUGCCUGAAUCGUCUGCUGCUCUAACCCCUUCCCUCACGGAUGGAGGCUGUUGUGGUUUGUGCUGGUCCCCUUCCCUCGGUGGACAGAGAAGGGGGGGAGGAGCAGGAUGGCAGGCGCAGUGGCUGAGCCCUGCACCUGCCAUCACUAUCCCUUCGGCACUGGCUGCUGAGGAGCAGGAGUCUCCUGCAGAUCUGUGACAGGGACUGAAGCAGCUGCUGACCUUUCCCUGCUAUUGCCCGUGGAUCUCCCGUUUCCCCCCUGGUAAUGCCACUUGUGUGCUGUGGGGCACAAAGGGUCCCAGUGUCCCAGUCCCAGGGUGUGUGGGGGCUAGAUCUUUCCCUGGAAGCUUUUGCUCUCCUUUCCUUUGAAGCAGAGCCAGAUUCUCUGCCAAGAAAUCAUCCCUGUCUUUUCCUGGGCUUGCUCCUGGGGGGCUGGGCUGGUUCUGUCCCCAGGAGCUGCCAGCCUCGGGGGGCACUGGGCUGGGAGGCAGCACCAGAACCAGUCCCCUUCACCUGCCUUCUCCCUGUGUCCCUUACGUUGCUGGGAUGAGCCUGCUCCAAGUGCAGGGAUAGGGAGAGGGCUGUUGUGAGAGACAGUUGUGGUGCAUAUGCUUCUGGUGGUGAUGGCUGCCUCUAGCCCAUGUGCCAAAUUGCAGCCAUCUGGGACUGGCAGUUGAAGGACCCUGAACACGGGCUGGGUGCUGGAAGGGCUCCUUGUACCUCUGCACCUUCCCCGCUCCCCCGACCCCUCCUACGUCCAGCCCUCUACGAGCGGGCGCACGGAUUGUCCCUUAUUUCCACCUGCAGCGAGGGCUGGAGGGCUGGCCUCGCUCAUGCUCUUCUCCUCUUGGCCCCUGCCACUCUCGUGCUGCACUGUUACCCCUGGGCACCGUCGCUCGUGGGGCUUCAGCCUUGUCCCUACUGAGGGGGGGGAGAGCCAGCCACCGCCUGCAAAGCUGCCCCGUGUCUGACUCGUGUGUCUGUUAGCUCCCCGCUGUCCUCCUGCAAGCUCAGUGCCAGGCACCCAGGGAGCAUCUGCACCUCCUGCUUCCUGCUCAGCAGAAAAUCGAGUUCUGCUUCCACCUGUCUCUUGGACACGCGGAUGACGCUGGAUUUAUAUUUUCGCUGAUCCUGGGGUGGUGGAGAGGGGUUGGUGCCUUCACCUGUCUGGGCCAGCGCACUGGGCAAGUCCCCUGGAGCCGUCUGUCCUCCCACCGCCCUGGGUGGGGGAGAGGGGCUGCUGCUGGGCCGCGGUGGCUGUCCCCAUCUGCUCCUCACCUGCUAGCGUGACAGCCCCGUCUCCGUGCUGGGUAGCUCUUGUUUCGGCAUCUCUCUUCUGUUGCUGUGCCAAAUGCAAAGCUGGCUUCAAUUUUUAUUUAAAUAAUAAAUGAAAAUUAACCCCUG